GCUUUGCACAUUAGCUGAGCCCACCAACCCAGCAUCCACCCACCCACCAUCCAUCCACCUCGCUCCGUCCACCAAUCAGAAGAGUCGAAGGCGAUUCUACAAAUAGGGGCCGAGAACUGGACGAUCUGAGCACUCAUAAUAUCAUCCGGCCGGGGACGCUACCGCACGUGUAGCGCGGUGCAGCUGAGUGCAGCGGAGUGAAGCAGCGUGCAGCAGGGUGGAGCUGAGUGCAGCAGGGUGGAGCUGAGUGCAGCAGGGUGGAGCUGAGUGCAGCAGGGUGGAGCUGAGUGCAGCAGGGUGAAGCAGCGUGCAGCAGGGUGGAGCUGAGUGCAGCAGGGUGAAGCUGAGUGCAGCAGGGUGGAGCUGAGUGCAGCAAGGUGAAGCAUCGCGCAGCAGGGUGGAGCAGCGUGCAGGAGGUUGCAGCUGUGUGCAGUGGCGUGCAGCGGUGUCAAGCAAGCGCAAGUGAGCGCAGUGGGGUGCUGGAGUGUGCAUUGGAGUUCAGCUGGGUGCGGUGGGGUGCAGCAGGGUGAAACAGGCUGCAGUAGGCGUGCAGUGGGGUGAAGCAGGGUGCAGGGGGCGACCCAAGGAUUGGGAGAGGAAGCGUCUGUCCGCCGCACAGGUUUACUUUGCGGCUCAAGCACAGUCGAGUGGGGGGCGAGCGGACGAGAGGCAGCUGCGAUCGACCUUCGGUUCGCAAUGGAAGAGUGGGACGAGGAGCAGUUCCGGCGCGAGGUGGACAGCCUCAAGUACCAACUGACCGUCAAGCGCGAGUUGGCCUCCCAGACGAUCCCCGAGCUUGUCAAGUGGAUCGAGGACGGGCGGCGCACGGACCCCUUCCUCAACCCCGAGCUCACCAAGAACAACCCCUGGGUGGAGAGGAGCAAGUGCACCAUCCUGUAGCCACCCCCGGGGGACGCGAGGAGGAGGGGCAGGGGAGGGGAGAGGGACAGGAGGCGAGGAGAGCAGGAGGAGCGGAGGCCUUGAGGUGAAGAGAGGAGGAGAGUGGAGGUGAGGAGAUGAAGAUGGGAGGGAGGAGAGGGGCGGAAGAGAUCAGUGGAGAUGAGAAAAGGAGUGGAAGUGAGAAGAUGAUGAGGGAAAUAAGAGGAGGAAAGAGUAAUGAUGAGAUGAGGAGGAGUAUAAGAGUAGGAGUAGAGAUGAGUUUGAGGAGGGGAGGAGGAUAAGAAGACGAGAGGGAGGCUCGGGCUAAGGAAAUGUGAUGGUGAAUGCCUCUCUUGCUGUCAGCCUGAGCAAAGGGAAAAGUGUGGGGGUCCAGUUGGGGGGGGGGGGUGAUUUAUGGAACAGUCUGCGAUAAGAGUCUUCACCGGAGGAGGGAAUGCACACGUGAAUGCACGAUGCAUCUGUGGCCACCUCCCAAACUGGGUGACCAGCUGAAUUAUUGAGAUUCAGGGCCGCGAUUUGAAUCAAGUAUCGAUACCCUUGAUUCAUUUUUUACCGUCUCGUUUGUAUUGUUCCGCGAUCGUUUUCUGUCACGUCCGUAGAGUUUUGUUCGAUACCAUUGGGCCUAAAUGUGACGUUAGCGUAGCCUGUGCAGUACGCAUGCAGCGCUUUUGUCAAUCCACUGCUGGAUGAAGCCCUCCCCCUCAUUGCGCAGAGGAAACAAGAAACACAAACUCACACGGUUUUUCGGCAUGCGUUUGUUUGUCCUCGGAAAUGUUCACCGAGCGAUGAUUUUGCGUUUCGAGCGGCGCUCACGAGGCGGCGUUUGACUUCGCGAGGCGAACGUCGCCCGUGAUGACAACACUGGGCACGACAGGAGAGGUCGCCGCUGACUUUUAGCGCUGGGUUUUUUUCUCCCCCAUCCAAUAGUCCAUGAGACGCUUCAAAAUGAGACUGUUUUGCCGGUAUCAAAGUAUGGAAAAUUAAGAAUAGAUUUUCAAUUUUUUUGUCAAUAAAACGGGUGUCAAGAUGUUCAAACACCAAACAGAAACCUUCUUCGAUGAAUCUUAAGACCUGUUUUAUUGCCAGAAAGGAUACAACCUAUUCUUAUUUCUUCAUAGUCCAUGAGAUGUCUCCUUUGUCGGUACAGCGUGAGUGAGGUGGCCUACCUUUAUCAGUUUCAAUUUCUCGACGUGGCCAAUGAUAAACACUUGGAACGAGUGAGACUAUCAAGUAAUUUACUUUCAUUUUACAUCAAAAUAAAUGGGUACGACUAAAGCUUUGCUACCUUAGGUGGUACCGAGUUCUGCUCUGGACCAUGAGUGGGCCGAUUGAUCUUUGAUCUCGUGACAAGUUUUGUGCAAACCGUUUAAUCAUUGUGAGGUCCCCAAUAGCAACAUAGCUGUUGUACUACAAUUAUGUUCAUAUUGGAUCAUCUUUACAACAGGGCAGACAUGCAGACAGAUCUAAUGCUUAAUGCUUUCAACCCUCAUUGGUUCGUACGUUUUAAAGAAAGAUGAAAUGUGAGUUUACUUAUAAAUGGAAUCACAGUCCCAAAUCAUGACGGCAGAAUGAUUGGAGCGAGUUGUUGGGGAGGGUGGUGGGUCGGGGGUUUAAUUUCCAUCAUCAAAGCAGCACCUUAUGAACCACACAGAGUAAUCACGCGAGCCAGACCUUGUAUAGAAAUGAGCAUUGUUGUUGUAGCGUUAACCAAAACGAUCCAGGAUAUAUGUUUUAUUUGGUCAUGCCAUUCAUAUUCAGAUAUUCAUUUCGCUUGUGUUUCAGAGUGGGCCGAUUGAUCUUUGAUCUCAUGAAGAUGAUAAAUCGCAAAUAGAUUUUCAUCAAGUUGCUAAAAGGAUACAAUUUAUAAACGGAUAUUUAAAAUUCAAUGGAGUGCAUGUUUUACAAUUCACGCAGCUCAAUAACGAAAUAAAUAAUAUCACAUGGUUUUAAGUAUAUACAAUCUUUUAUAUACAUCAGAAUGUAUAAAUUUGUGUCAUUAAUUAGGGUGAUGAAUUUUGCUUUCACCAUCUCUUAAAUAGCCUCAGUUGUAAUUAUAGCUGGGAUAUCAUCCUAUUUCUCAAAUCGUCGAUCACUCAACCAAAUAUAUCGGUUUCAUUACUCGACUAAUUGGAUAACAAUUCGUUUAUUUUUUUAACUCUGACAUUUGUGAACAUAUGUGCCACUGGAUGGGAGGUUAUGGGCGCGGCAUCAUCAAUUGUAUUAUGCUGGGCGUGGCUUGUAGGGGGUUUCCUGCCUUCGGGAAGCGUGAUGCUGAAAUGGUCGCUGUUUUUUAAUCCACCCGAGUAACUGACCACAUGUUCCUCUGGUUAAUGAACCUUCACACAAACUGCGGUCAUCCUCGCAGUGGCCUUUGGCUAGCCAUCGAACAAAGACGGCCACUUCAUCGCGCGCUUUCAGAUGUGUUUCUGCAGCCGCCUGGAAUCCUCUUCCUUCCGAUAUUAGGAGGCCACUGGAGCUAUGCACUUUAAAAUCUAGAUUUAAAACACAUUUCUUUAGAACUGUUUUUUGUGCUUAGUUUGUUGUCCUUCCCCCACACCUCUGAUUAGCACGGUUGACGACGUACAGUGUGAAAGAAGUUCAACAACAUACAUGCACACAAAGUUUUAAGUUUAGUCAAUUAACUUAAUCGACUAAUCAUAUCAGCUCUAGCUAUAUUGCACUCUUUGCAGGUGGGUAGGUCGGUAGGUGUGCAACUGUUGUGACAUUGCCUACACAAUUACCUCUGCGGUGGCGCAUAGCGCGAGUGGUGUGUGUGUGUGAUGAUUUUCCAUGACGGCAAUGGUGCAGCUUGUACAGAAUAAGUUAACACGAUUUUGAAUUUAGAGAGCAUCUACAUGCAACCGAAUCUCACGACGCUGUACAAAAACAGACGCGUGCACCUAACCGGUAACAAUGAGGCGUGUUGUAUGUCCUAUAUUUUAAGAGAGAGAUGGUCAUAGGCAGAGAGGAGGAGGAGGACGUGCAUUUAGCUUGGACGUGGACAGACGGUUGAGGGAAGUAAGUUCCAGAUCUUGGAGGCAGCAAGAAGAGAAGGCGAAGCAAAGGACGAAUCGAGGGUUGACCUCUGCGCAAGGAGAAGGUCAACUCGCUGCUUUGAUCAGAAAGCUUCGGCUGCUGUAGCGCAGAGCGCACGAAGGCGGUGCCCGGUGGAAGAGGGGAGAUUAGGCUUGCACGUUUGAACCGGUGAUAAUUGAAUCCAUAUUCAGAGAUGUUCAAUUCGAUAUUGCAUCAAUAGACCUUAUUCUGUACACAGUCUGUAGGAAUGCACCGCCGAUCGUUGUUCUGUUAAUUAUUUGAGAGCACCGAGCGCAGUGGAAGGGGGGCGAGGCUGAUUCAUUUAGCCUCAGAGGAACGCCGUAACCCUCAUCCAGUCCGUCAUCAAUCUCAGCCGUGGUCUAUCAAGUGAUCCCGUAGCUACAUCUCUACACGGGUUGCACUCUCGGGCGCGUUCUGCACUCCUUUGGCUGCCAUUCGGACUGGAACAGUUACACUCCGACUUGGUGCAUUACACAGCCUUAAGAACAAUGUUUAAACUAUUUCGUGUAAAUAGCUUGUUUUUGCUCUUGUCAGUAUGCACAUCACCACCCUGCAAUGUCCUUUAACUGCCGCCACUGGCGACGGCCUUGGGCUGUGGUCGUCUUUGCAACAGAGCUGCACUAGGCUCAGUGGGCCUCACCAGCUGCAAUACGUUCUGAGACUCAGUCUGAACGUGGAUGAAGCAGUGGUGCAGUGGUUAGAAGACUGCGCCAUGACCCCAUCCACCUGAGUUUAAUUCCCGGCAAUGGAUAACAUCAGUGGCCAAUUAUAUAGGAACCUUACCCUGUUCUGUCCCACCCGACCUUACCACCACCUUACUCACCCUCCACUUGACGAGGGUGGUGAAGUAUGGUCAAUGAACAAUGCAGCAUAGGAAUGCCUUCACCCGGCAGUGGAUAGACAAAAGAACAGUAAAUUAUUAUUAAUUUAAUAUAAUUAUUGUAAAUUUCCCACUGUUGGCCUGCCUGUGUAAUGCAAUAUGAAUGGGCUGCGUGCGUGAACUAUACAACAGAGUAUGCGCCGACCGAUAGCGGUCCAUUCAGGUGUACACUGAUGAAGCGACAGACAAUCGAAAUGCACUAUUGUAGGCGCGUUUCAUUGCUUAGCGUAUGUAUAAUAAAUUAAGACGAAAUCACA